GACUGUACAUUCCACCUCCAGCAGCUAAUUCUUCACAAUCAUUUCCCCAAUUGCAAAGCUGAGCAGUAGGUGGCUUCAGGAAAGGCAGCGGAGUUGACUUCUACCAACAUGAGGGCAGCUGGAAUUCUUGUCCUCUGUCUCUUCUCCUCCAUCCUGUCAACAGUGACGUCUCUAAAGUGUCAAACAUGUGUUGCCCUUGGAACUGAAUGUGAAGAAGAGAAUGUGAAGGUGGUGGAGUGCAAAGAAGAUGAAGAAUUUUGUUCUACUACAGUUGUCAAUUCUACUAUAGUCGAAAUUCCAGUGAGUUUAACUGUCAAAGAAUGUGCUACUCGUGAGAAGUGUUUUGAAGGCCUCUUUAGCACCACAACAGUAGAUGGUAGAUUUGAAAUAGCCAGAGGUAACUGUUGCCAGACUGAUCUCUGUAAUGCAGAAGUGCUUCCGUUGGAAAAUUAUGAAGACUUUCAACCAAAUGGGUUACAGUGCCCAGGCUGCUUUGCACUAGAUGAGGAUUCUUGUGAAGCCAAUCAAUCUGUAGCCUGCGUUGGGAAAGAUGAUCAAUGUUUUACGAUAGCCUGUACCACAGUAUCAGAAUUUUUAACAUCUCUACAAUGCUAUAAGUGUUUUACCACCAAUGGACAAUGUAGAAAUGAGGACAUGACAUUGGCGGAGUGUGAACCUGAUCAAACCCAUUGCUCUUCCUUGACUCUCCGUACCACUUUCAGCACUCCUCCAGUCAGUUACACUACUAAGACUUGUGUAAAGGCUGAGGAAGCUAAUGAUGGUUAUUUCACUAUAACUUCUGUGGAGGGAAGAUACUUUGAAGUCAUUCAUAACAGUUGCCAGUCAGAUGGUUGCAAUAUCUUUCCUUCUACUCUGCCGCGUCGUGAGGAACUUAAACCCAAUGGAUAUACAUACAGAGACUUAUCAUUAAUAUAA